AUGGCUGGCCACGCUGACUCUGCCCACCGUCGUACCUCUUCGGCUGUCUCUUCAGUCGAUGGGGCUGCCUCUCACAACGGCACUGAGCCCGACUCUGCAGCAUCUGCCAGCACUGUUCCUACUGCUAGAUCGACUCCUUUCAUUGGACCACAGAAUCAUCCUGGCAUCGCGCCUCAGCAUCAUCCCAAUCCCCUUGGUCAAUCCUCGAACAACGGCGAUAUUCCUGAUGGUGAUGCUUCUCAGCUUGGUGACAGUGCUUUUGCUUCGCAGCUCGAAGAGGUCCAGACCCAGAUCAGAAUGCUCGGAUCGAAUGGACCACACCUGCCCACCAGAAAUUCCAGAUAUCGUGCCAACUUGACCUUGCCACCACGUGCUGAUGGUGUUGACCUGAACGAACUUCGCACCAUCGAAGCCGAGAUCAUGUUCGCCGAAUACUACUACCACUACGACCCAGCUGACGGUCCUUUCCCUGCAUCCAAUACUCCUGCCGCGAUUCGAGCCUCCGGCUUGGAUGUCGACGACGUUCCGUGGGGGCCACUUGAGUUCAGCCACGAUGAAAGCGAUACCGAGGAAAACAACGAGCGCAUCGCAGCUGAAUACGACAGACCUCUGGUUCCUUACUACUCAGGCUCCACUUCCAAUCAGGCCUUCCUCUCUACAACCUUUGACAGAGCUGCUCGUCCAGGCACUUUCGCAGGCAUGGCCAUUCGCGAUGCCGAUCAACCUACACGUGCUCCUCCUAUCAUGCGCACUGGUCCUCGGUUCUCUGUUGAUGCCAUUGCUGAGAUGAGGAGUGCAAGGGCUGCUGCUGCUUCGUCGCCCACUGCCGCACCAAACGACAACGAGCCCAACAUCGCAGCUUUGAUCCAUGCCUUCCAGACCCAACCUGCCCCUGCCUCUGCUGUUGCCCUGUCUCGUGAGGUCGAAGCGAGCUCGUCGGCAGCUGACGACGACACCGUUGCGGAGUCACCAAUCUUCCCAGCUAACUGGGUCACCCACACGAACUUUUCAGCUAUGCUCCCACAGCAGCAGCCUGCUCAGUCUGCUGCUCGCAGAAGAACCUCGCGCAGGUACAAUGACAACUACACCACCUCACCACCAUCCAACCAGCACACUGAGGAGGAAGGUGAUGAUGCUUGA